AAGUGGGAGGCGGCCGAGGUGACAGCUGGCUGGAGAGGUGGAGCCAGGGAAUGGGUAGGGAGGGGGCGGGCCCGAGGGGCCGGAGCUCCCGGGCAGUUAGAGAUGCACUCCAGGAGCCUGAGUCUGUCUCCAGCACGCAACGGCCACCCUGCACCAUGAGCCGGCAGAGUAUCUCGCUCCGAUUCCCGCUGCUUCUCCUGCUGCUGUCGCCAUCCCCCGUCUUGCCAGCGGACCCCGGGGCGCCCGCGCCAGUGAACCCCUGCUGUUACUAUCCAUGCCAGCACCAGGGGAUCUGUGUUCGCUUCGGCCUUGACCGCUACCAAUGUGACUGCACCCGCACGGGCUAUUCUGGCCCCAACUGCACCAUCCCUGAGAUAUGGACCUGGCUCCGGACGACUUUGCGGCCCAGCCCGUCUUUCGUCCACUUUCUGCUGACGCACGGGCGCUGGCUGUGGGAUUUUGUCAAUGCCACCUUCAUCCGGGACAUGCUCAUGCGUCUGGUACUCACAGUGCGUUCCAACCUUAUCCCCAGCCCUCCCACCUACAACAUAGCACAUGACUACAUCAGCUGGGAGUCCUUCUCCAAUGUGAGUUAUUAUACUCGCAUUCUGCCCUCCGUGCCCCGAGACUGUCCCACGCCCAUGGGCACCAAAGGAGUCUUCCUCCCAAGACCUUCUUCCUCAUCCACUCCUGAUUGUCCGCAAACCUGGGGGUUUACUCAAUUUACAGCCAUCAGUUCAGCUUCAAGCACACAAAGGGCGAAAGAGACAUUAAUCCACCACUGCGGCUGCUUCAGUUCCCACCACAUGGUGUCGCUGUUGAGCACUGGUCCCGUGCAGCCCUGGAAGAAGCAGUUGCCAGACGCGGAGCUCCUGAGCCGUCGCUUCCUGCUCAGGAGGAAGUUCAUCCCCGACCCUCAAGGCACCAACCUCAUGUUUGCCUUCUUUGCCCAACACUUCACCCAUCAGUUCUUCAAAACUUCCGGCAAGAUGGGUCCUGGCUUCACCAAGGCGUUGGGCCACGGGGUAGACCUCGGCCACAUUUAUGGAGACAAUCUGGAACGUCAGUAUCAGCUGCGGCUCUUUAAGGAUGGGAAACUCAAGUACCAGAUGCUCAAUGGAGAGGUGUACCCGCCAUCGGUGGAAGAGGCUCCUGUGCUGAUGCACUACCCCCGGGGCAUCCCGCCCCAGAGCCAGAUGGCCGUGGGCCAGGAGGUGUUUGGGCUGCUUCCUGGGCUCAUGCUGUACGCCACGAUCUGGCUGCGUGAGCACAACCGUGUGUGUGACCUGCUGAAGGCUGAGCACCCCACCUGGGGCGACGAGCAGCUCUUCCAGACGGCCCGCCUCAUCCUCAUCGGGGAGACCAUCAAGAUUGUGAUAGAGGAGUACGUGCAGCAGCUGAGCGGCUACUUCCUGCAGCUCAAGUUCGACCCGGAGCUGCUGUUUGGGGCCCAAUUCCAGUACCGCAACCGCAUCGCCAUGGAGUUCAACCAGCUCUACCACUGGCACCCGCUCAUGCCCGACUCCUUCCGGGUGGGCCCCCAGGACUACAGCUACGAGCAGUUUCUGUUCAACACCUCCAUGCUGGUGGACUACGGGGUCGAGGCCCUGGUGGACGCCUUUUCUCGCCAGCCUGCAGGCCGGAUCGGUGGGGGUAGGAACAUAGACCACCACAUCCUGCACGUGGCCGUGGAUGUCAUCAAGGAAUCUCGGGAGCUGAGGCUGCAGCCCUUCAAUGAGUACCGCAAGAGGUUUGGCAUGAAGCCCUACAUCUCUUUCCAGGAACUCACAGGUGAGAAGGAGAUGGCAGCUGAGUUGGAGGAGCUGUAUGGAGACAUCGAUGCUUUGGAAUUCUACCCGGGGCUACUUCUUGAGAAGUGCCAUCCGAACUCCAUCUUUGGGGAGAGUAUGAUAGAAAUGGGGGCUCCUUUUUCCCUUAAGGGCCUCUUAGGGAACCCCAUCUGUUCUCCAGAAUACUGGAAGGCAAGCACAUUUGGUGGUGACGUGGGCUUCAACCUUGUCAAGACAGCCACGCUGAAGAAGCUGGUUUGCCUCAACACCAAGACUUGUCCCUACGUCUCCUUCCACGUGCCAGACCCCCAUUGGGAGGACAGGCCUGGGGUGGAGCGGCCACCCACAGAGCUCUGAAGGGGCCAGGCAGCAGCAUUCUGGAUGGUAGAGCUUCCUGCUUGCCGUUCCAGAAUGCCGAGGGGUGGAUUGUCUUUGAUGUUGGGUUUCUGAUUUGGUGUCGAGAGCAUCAGUGUGGACAUUUAGAACUCUAGGUCUCUCACCCAUGGUCUGGAAUACUGUGGUUCUUGUUUGUCAUUCUAGAAUGCUGAAUUCCUGGUGAACCAUUGAAAAUGUGAGGAGUGGUUAUCCCUUCAGCAUGCCAGAACACUGUGUUCCUGGGUGACCACCUAGAAGGCCAGAUUUCUAGUUGAUCCGGAAUUUAGGCAUUCUGAAAUAUGGGACUCCUGAUGGAAUCAUCUGGAAAGUGAGGGGGUUCUUAUUUUGCAUUCUAGUAUUCUUCGUGGCCCUCCAUAAUGUUGACUGGUUAUUCUGACUGGUUAUCCAGAAUGUUGUGCUCCUAGUUGCUGAUCCAGAACAGUGGCUGGCGUUCUAGAUCAGUCUUGAUCUGAAUGUCUAGAGUGUUGAGAAUUCAUUUUCCUGUUCAGUGAGACAGCCACGGAGCAGGAGGAUCUCAUGUCCUACAAGAACGCAUUGGAUCUGUGCCUACACGGAGGGGGCAAGGAAGUGGGGUGUUCGUCUUCUCAGUGGGACCCCAAAUGAGACCCUGGAUAUGGAGAGAACAGGUGGCUUUCUCCAGGCCAUUGGUUGGAAGCCACCCGAGCUCUGUCCUCAUCCAGGUCUCAACUCACGGCAGCUGUUUUUCAUGAAGUUAAUAAAAUGCUUUUUCCAAA